CGUGCCGUUCGUGCUGUGUAUGGAGCUGACUUCCAUCGAGGCCCGUGCGUUCUGUGGCAUCUUCAUUAAUGCUUUCUUCGCCGUCGGAGAAGCGCUGACUGGGGUGUUUCCCAUAUUCGUCAAGGAUUGGAAAUCGCUGCAGCUGAUCUACUCGGCGCCAAUUGUACUCUUCUGCCCCUAUUGGUUCUUUCUUCCCGAGUCACCACGGUGGCUGAUGGCAGUCGGCCGGAAGGACAAGGCCGAGGAGGUGCUAAGAAACGUGGCCAAGUGGAAUGGAAAACCUUUUCCUGAAGAGCUGAUCACGAAGGAGAGGAGCAGUGAAUCACUCCAAGAGGCCCAAGCCAUCAAUGAAAGCUUCAUUAGCGUGAUUAAGUCACCUGUCCUCCUGAAGCGGGCGUUCAUCCUGGCUUUUCAGUGGCUGGUGGUGGCGAUGGUCUACUACGGCAUCAGCAUGGUGUCCACUGACCUGGGAGGGGACGUUUACACCAACUUCAUCCUCACGAUGCUGAUUGAAAUACCGUCGUACGUGUUCUGCGCACUCACCCUUAAUCCACUCGGUCGAAAGCUGGUGAUAGGUGGCGCCUUCCUGCUAAGCGGACUGGGCGCCAUCUGCGCAGGACUCGUGCCGGCCAACGAACUGGAGUGGCUGACGACGACCUUGGCGCUGCUGGGCAAGUUCGGCGCGGCGUCAGCGUUCUCGCUCCUGUUCCUGUACACGGCGGAGCUGUGCCCAAGCGGAAUGCGUGUGAUGGGCGUGGGCAUGGCCUCAGCCUGCUCAAGAAUCGGCUCCGUGCUCGCACCGGUCAUCGCCGAUCUGGGCGACGACACGGCCACGCUGCCGCUCUGCAUUUUCGGGGUGUGUGGCCUGCUGGCGGGCGGCAUGACGGCCUUCCUGCCGGAGACGAGUGGACGCGACCUGCCCACCACGGUCGCCGAGGCGGCUGACUUCGGACGACGAUUAGGCCUCCGUUUUCUAAAGUGGCCGGCUCCAGCUGGUGGCCUCCCGGCGCCGAACUCCGUCGAGAGAACCUUCCAGAAACCAUCGGCCGAAGGGUCGUCGGAGGCGAGGUCCGGUUUGGCGAAACCCGGCACGGGAGACGAGACGGUGGAUGACGACGUGAUCUUCCUGCCACAACCCGUGCGACGCUGCCGUACGAAUGACGAGGAGGUCGUCAUCGUGUCGCCGACGGAGUACCGUGUGCCAAAUGAAGAGCUUGGCAAUGCCCUUACCGCCGAGGCGGCCAUCGGCAAAGAGGGCGUCUGUUACGCUCAGCGGCCGCCCACGGGGACAUGUGACGGCGAGGGCGUCAUCAUCUCGCCGACGGAGUACCGUGUGCCAAAUGAAAAACUCGGCGCUGCCCGUGCGGCUGAGGCGGCCAUCGGCGAAGAGGACGUCUCUUACGUUCAACAGCCGCUCCCGGGGAAGUGGUCGUGCGCUAGCCUCAAAACGCCCAAGCACCCGCGCACCGCCUGGCGCAUGAAGCGAGCCUCCCGCCGUUUAGCGCCAGUGUUCCACGCCGUGGCUGCGUUCGAGGCCGUCGCUGUGCAGCCCGUGGUCGUGGAGACGGAUGGUCCGACCGUGCGUCAGCGACUGGAGGAGACCGUCAACCGACACCAGCUCGUCAGGUCCCGCAGCCGCAGCUACGAAGUGGCUGAUUCGGACGAAAGCAGUAGCCUGGAGCGCGGCCUGCCCGGCCUCUUCCGUCCGCUGUGCGACGCCUGCACCGCCGUCCAGGUAGGCGAGCGCUGGACCAAGCUGGAGCCGCUGCUGCGCGCGCACGACAACCGCGACGGCUGGCGUCAGGUGCGCACGCCGUCCGACCGCACCGCCCUCUACCUGCUUAGCUAG